UAAGAGAUAAAAUUCCGCGAGCUUUGUUUGUUGCGUUGCACGUUAAGUGGGUGUGAAAAAGGAAUUGACAACUGUAAUACUUUUAUGAUCUUGAGUAACUUUGCAAGUGGGGGGUUCAGGAGCAUUUUGAGACUUAAGAUGAAAUACCUGGGUUAUUAGGAAGCAUACGUUGACAUUUCCGCAGAAUGGCAUGGGAUUCAUUUUAAAAUCUGGCCCUUUAUGGUAUUGCACACCUAUUAGUUUGUUUUCGAUUAUGUACAACCGUAUCUGAAAAUGGCCGCAUGUGUAGUGGUAAUUUCUGACACUAACCAACUACUUUAUCUCCGAACCGCUGAAUGCUCUGAUCCUUUAUUCUACCACUUCAAGGCACAUUCUGCCUUGGAUGUCAUUGAGGACAAACUAUCCAGACGUACAGCGAGUGGCACUCAUGACCAAUUGGAACAGUAUCUCGGACUUUUAUACCCGAUGGAAGACCAUAGGAUAUAUGGUUAUGUGACCAACACGAAGAUCAAGUUUAUUAUGAUAUUUGAGUCGCAUAUUCUAUCUUCGCAGUCCUCUCAGUCUGGUCUUCAAACUCACACACGAGAUGUGGAUAUUCGAGCAAUGUUUCAACGGCUACACUCUGCAUACGUUAAUCUAGUUUGUUCACCAUUUUAUAAACCAGGUACACCAAUUCAGCCGGAUAAACAAGCAGCUGCGUCUAGAUUUGAUCGAUGCAUCUCAUCACUUUUAGCUACACAUGCUAGUUCUGGUUACUGUUUAACAUUUACUAAUCUGAUUGAUGAAACUAAAACACCUACUGGUGAAGAUGUAACGUCAAGUGUAAUGUCUUCUAAAGCGUGAUAUUUUUUAUUACUUUUCUUAUUUUGUUUUUGUUAAAUAAAAGUUAUGCAACCAA